AUGGCCGCUAAUUUCGAUUCCUCGUUAAAUUUUGCACAGGGACAAAGAUUUGCCAGCGGCGCAAUGUUCAGAGAGGCUUUAUGCAAAGGGCCAUCCAUUCCCGGCAGUUUAUCGAUACACACAGACCACUGUUUCAGGCAUCCAUCAAUUGUGCUUUCUCAUGUGGCAUUCCGAGCAGCAGCCAUUUUUUUCUACGUAUUUGCGUAUUUUUUCACAGACUCCUUCAUCGUGCAGUUUUUAAUCAUUCUCACGCUGCUUUCAAUUGAUUUUUGGACCGUGAAAAAUAUAACAGGCCGCCUUCUUGUCGGACUCCGGUGGUGGAAUUUUGUAGAUGCCGAAGGAAAUAAUCACUGGCGAUACGAAUCAGCUAAGCAGGACAUGUCGCGUUUUGAUCCACUCGAACGACGAGUUUUCUGGGGCGCAUUGGUCGCAGCCCCGGCAAUGUGGGCAGUUUUGGUGUGUGUUGCGUUUGUGACGCUGAAAUGGGAAUGGAUGGUGAUUGCUUUAAUGGGCCUAGCGAUGAAUGGAGCUAACUUGUAUGGUUAUGUACGCUGCAAAUGGGGCAGUACCAAUGAAUUCACGAAUUAUUUGUCCAAAAUGGCAUUCCUUUCGGUUGGUCCAUCUCUUCAAUGA